AUGUCUGCCAGCCCUUCCUCCACGACUGGUGGCGACACCAAGCCCUCGGAUCAAAUUCACUUCAGGUUUUGCCGUGAAUGCUCCAACCUGCUGUACCCCAAGGAGGAUCGAGUCAACAACCAGCUGAUGUUUACCUGCCGUACCUGCCAUGUUGGCGAGCCUGCCUCCUCCCACUGUGUUUACCAGAACCACCUUCAUAGCCAAGUUGGUGACACCGCUGGUGUUACUCAGGAUGUGACUUCUGACCCCACGGUUUGUGCUCCUGCUUUUUGUACUCUUUGCGGUGAUAUCAUUACUUGCUUUAUUUGCGGCUCCACCCCCGACGAGGAUCUCCUCGAGGAUGCGCCGCCUGUGGGUGACAGCCUGGAAUCCUCUGAAGUCGAGUCCCGGGCAGACGCCCCCGCUUUGUAA